AUGAAGCCCACCGCAAUCCUAGCCGCCGCGCUUUCUCUCGCCAGCUCCACCCUCGCUGCGCCCACCUCCCGCCCAGUCCUGCAAAGCAAGAUCCAAACCCUCGAGAUUCAGAUCCUUAACAUAGUCAACGACAUCGUCCAAUCCAGCUCCACCCUCCAAUCCGACUACAGCGCCGGCAUCCUUCAAUUCAACGACCUCGCGAACGAGCUUCAAGGUCCGUUGCCAUGCGCGCCUUUCGUUCCCGGCCGUCCGAGCACGAAGAAGCAGGCGAUCACGGCACUGCAGAGUUCGCAGGAGGGGUUGAUGAUGCUGUCGUUGGAUUUGCAGGAUCCGGAGUUGAAGGCAAAGAAGGGAGAUUUUCAUGGGGAUGUUUGUGUGGCUUUGGAUUGGUAUGCUGCGGUUUCUGAGUUUGUUGGGGUGUAG